AUGGAAGCUAACCCUGGUGACGGCUACUACCCUGCCAGUCCUCUUCGCUGGUCAGACGCCGAAAUCGAGGGUAAAAUCUUGGAAAUCUAUAACUCCGUUAGCAGUUUGACCGAAGAGGCAAUGAGCAGUAUGCGCAUGGUCACGGCACUCAACAUCGGGAAAAGACUAACCCGGAAAUACGACAUCGUUCUUGCAGAGGCACAAAGGCUUGGUCUAACGAAGGGCCCUGUCAUUGGAUUUCAAUAUAGCGUUGAAAUGUUCACCACUUACUGCGCAUAUGCUCUGGCCUGGUAUUACGGCACAAAACUUCUAAAUGGAGGUGAAAUUGCCUGUGGUGGUGGCAUGAUAACAAUUCUGCUGUCUGUUCUUUUAGCAACUCAAGCCGCACCCAACGUCGCCCCGGGAUUCAGCGGCUUCACCAGAGCAUCAGCUUCGGCAAAGGAAAUGUUCAAGAUGAUGAAUCGCCAGUCCCAAAUAGACCCAUUGGCAGAAGGAGGGCACAUACUAGAGGGCCCUCAGGAAAGUAAAGUUGAGCUACGUUACGUCACGUUUGCCUACCCUUCCCGGCCGACACAGCCAAUCUUCAAAGACUUUAGCAUCGCCUUCGAGGCCGGCAAGACCACGGCUUUAGUUGGUUCGUCUGGGUCCGGAAAAAGUACCAUUGUUGGCUUGAUUGAACGUUGGUUCGACGCAAACUCGGGAUCAGUACUUAUUGGCCUGGUACAGCAAGAGCCUGUGCUAUUCAGCGACUCGAUCUAUAACAACGUGUCUCAUGGCCUGUACGGUACCCCUAUGAAUUCUUUGCCUGAGGUGGAAAAAGAGAGCUCUUCCGCCAAGCCUGCAUCCAGGCCUUUGCCGACGAUUUCAUACUGGAGCUUCCUGAAAAGUACGAUAACCUCGUUGGCGAGCGCGGUCAGCUUCUCAGUGGCGGUCAGAAACAGCGAAUCGCCAUCGCCCGUGGGCGUGCCACUUUUGUUCGGAGCUGGCUACUUUAGGAUGCGCAUGGAAAUGAGCAACCAAGAUCGCAUCACUGCGAUUUAUCAAGAAGCAGCCCGCUUUGCUUCUGAAGCUAUGGGGGCCAUUCGGACCGUGUCGAGUCUGUCUCUCGAGCACAAGGUCAUCGAUGGAUAUGGGAAACGACUGGAUGAAUCAGUAAAACUCGAAAUGCGACAUAAACUUCUUAGCAUGCUGUUGUUUGCUUUUAGUGAGAUUAUCAGUCUCGCGGUCUCUGCUUUUUCCUUCUGGUACGGAGGCAAGCUUCUGUCUGAGGGCAAGAGUAGCGUUACCACGUUCUUUAUUGUGUUCAUAGCUAUUAGCAUGGGAAUGCAGACUGCUGGCUUCAUGUUUGUAUUCACAUCUGAUCUCUCCAAGGCACAUAAAUCUGCUAACCACAUUAUCGAUCUUCGCAGAUCAAGACCACCUAGCGAGACCGCUAUUGAGUUCAGAGACGUGUCUUUUUCGUACCCGUGUCGCCCUGAUGUCCAAGUAAUGCGCAAUUUCAACCUCAAGAUUAAUAAAGGCGAGUCCGUUGGCAUUGUCGGGGCAUCAGGGUAUGGCAAGAGCACCAUUAUAGCCCUUUUGGAAAGUUUCUACGACGUCAACCAGGGUCAAAUAUUGAUUGGUGGUACUCCGGUGCAGCAGCUGGACGUGCAAAAUUAUCGCUCACGCCUGGGCUUGGUAUCCCAGGACACCAUGUUAUACCAAGGCUCCAUUCGGGAGAACGUCUUGCUAGGCCAAGUACCAGAUCAAGCUGCAAAUGAUGAAGAAUCCCAAAUGAAAGCCGAUCAGGCAGUCAUUCGCGCCUGCAAGCUGGCUCACAUUCACGACUUCAUCACGAGUCUUCCAGAGGGUUAUCACACUAAUAUUGGUAGCCAUGGUAUGUCGCUCAGUGGAGGCCAGCGCCAGCGCCUUGCUAUUGCACGAGCUUUGAUUCGGGAGCCAGACAUCCUUCUCUUUGAAGAGGCCACUAGCGCUCUUGAUACGCAAAGCGAGGCUCUGGUCCAACAGGCCGUUGAGGCUAUAACACACGAAAGUGAUUCCCGAACGUCAUUUCAGUGGCUCAUCGCCUAUCUACCAUCAAGCAUUUUGAUCGCAUCUUUGUGCUUCAUCGGGGACCAGUAG